GAAACCUUGAUGAAUGCACGUGCGGUGUGUGCAGCCGGCCUCUGGCCAUCACAGGAUGACGCAACUAAAUGUGACAGCCUGCUUCGUGUUUCUGCUCUGCACUUUCCUGGCUCUCCCGCUGUCCAUGGCCUUCACAGGAAUGAAGUUUUUGGAGGACUGUCCCAUACAGCCCCUCAUUCCUCUAUACUUGCUAGUGGGUGGGAUCAUCGGGGCCUUAAAGAACAGCUUCCCCGAAGCGCAGCGUUGUUGAAACGACAGGGCCAGGUGGAUCCUGAGACCUGCCGCAGAGACUUGGAUUUUUCCAGAUGAGGAAUUUUCACCCAGAGCUUCCCUCCUGCUGCCCCCAGUUCA